UAUUGUCAAAGACCUUAGGUUGUUGUUAUCGUUGCCAGGAUUAGGAAAGUUGUUGUAUGUUGUUGUUGCAGUGAUUGGCGUAAUUGUAUCUGACAAAUCAUUUUAAGAACGUAUUGAGUUUAAAAAAUGGCGACGUUAGCAUUGAUGCAGCGGAGGGCAAAUGUUCGCCUUCCACCAGAAGUAAAUAGAAUCCUAUACAUAAGAAAUUUGCCUUACAAAAUUACAGCUGAAGAGAUGUAUGAUAUAUUUGGCAAGUAUGGAGCAAUAAGGCAAAUACGUGUGGGAAACACACCUGAAACGAGAGGAACAGCAUUUGUGGUUUAUGAAGAUAUUUUUGAUGCAAAAAAUGCAUGUGACCACUUAUCAGGAUUCAAUGUCUGUAACAGAUACCUUGUUGUAUUGUAUUAUCAGUCCAACAAAGCAUUCAAGCGCCUGGAUAUUGAUAAGAAGAAAGAAGAGUUGGAUAAGAUGAAAAUGAAGUAUGGAAUUAAUACAGAAGAGAAGAAGUAAUCCUACUUCAGAAGUCAGUGAAACAUGCACUGAAACAUUUGUGGAAAAGACUCUGUAGACCCAUUGUGGGGAUACAUAACUGAAGAGCUAUGUAGAUAAUUAUAUAUACUUAUAUUUGUACAUAUCAGGGAGAGGGAGAGGGGGGGGGGGAGAGAGAGAGAGAGAGAGAGAGAGAGAGAGAGAGAGAGAGAGAGAGAUAAAUUACUACCUUAAUGAUGAUAAAUAUGACAUAAUAUUAAUGACUGCUAACCAAGUUGAAUUCAUUUUCAGUAGUCAUUUGAUGGCAGAAUAAGAACACUUUUGUGUAUGAGUAAAUUACUUUGAUAUACACUUUUGGAAUACAAUGAGACAAUUAUUAAAUGUACUUCUUUAAGUGUAAAAUCUGUAACUUUCAUGUAAUCUUGCUGCUAUUUGUAAAAUAUAAUAUUUAAAAUCA